CACGCAUGCAGCUCCAGAUUUCACGCUUCAGUCGUUCAUUCAUUGUCAGUCAGUCACUGUGGGGUUUAUGAACCCCUCCCUCCUCCAUGCAGAGACGUCACAAAAGCGGAGGGAGAUGAAUGUCACCUCCAGCGUGAACUACUGAGGGCAUUUCACCACAGUACCUGCAUGAGGUGUAUGUAGACUUCUGCGUGCGCGAGUCAGGAGCGCAUCAUAGAUCUGUAUUCGCAUACUAGCGCUGCGUUGAUCGUCUUGGACCUUCAGUUUCUCCCAGUGCGCACUGAGCUCCGUGAGACGAGCGUUUGAGGAGCUAUCCACACUCAAGCAAGACUGUUCUUCAUGUAUUUCCACUGGAUAGAGGCAAACUCACCACACUUGAAAGAGGAAUAUUAAUGUUUGAGAACCGCUGAAAUGCGUUUGGAGACCAAGAACCUCUCAGAUUUAGAAGAUCUGAGGGACACGCGGACAUGAGGGUUGUUCUGUUGCUCACUGAGAAUUUGCUUUACAUGUUGAAUGCCUAAUGCAUUUCUGACGUUUUAGAUGGAUUGGUUUUAUAUGAGGGAUGGGCAUACAGAACCUUGGAACUGAAGAGGGUUGAGUGCUGAACAUAGAAACUCAUCAAAAGUGGUGCACGAUUGCAAAAUCAUAGUAAAAACUGCCCUUAUUAUAUUUUUUUACGAAGUCAUGCUGAUUCGAAGUCGAGCUUUAGGGUGGGCAGUUUUCUUGACACUUUGUCUACUGUUGGUGAAGGGGUUCCCUGCAAAAAGACGAAAAGCAAAUCACAUCAAGAGCAAGAGUGAAGCAUCUCUAGAGGUCAGAGGUCACGGUGACUCCAAAGAUGUCAGAGAGGCACUGCUGGACAUUCAUCGGCAGAACCAGUUGAGGAGUGAGCCACCUUUGCCCCGCCGUCAUAAGAGGAGAUGGUCGCAGAUUCACUCAGAGGGAGACCUUCCCAAACCUGCUCCACAGGAAGAAGAAGAACCCUUCAUUUUAGACCUGAAGAACUUCCCUGACCUUGCCAAUGCAGACCUGGGCUCCCAGAACCCAAACAUUCAAGUUACCAUUGAGGUUGUGGACAACCCACAGAUGGAGAUUGAGAUGGACCUUGCCAAGGAGAGCAUGAAUGACUGGUCCUUGAGCUCAGAAGAGUGGCUGGGCCAUAAAAAGCUCUUCUGGCCGCUGUUCUGGGAAUAUCACGACUCCAGUCAAGAAAGUCCUGGGCAAGGGAGUCUGGAGGAGAAUGGGGAGGACCUCAGUUAUGAGGGAGAAGAUUCCCUGUUGAGUGGAGUGGGUGCAGACUGGAACAGACGAUGGAAGGACUGGGACUCCAUGGACAAUUAUGAAUAUGAGGAGGAAGAAUGGAGCGACUGGUCACCUUGCAGUGUCACCUGUGGACACGGGAAUCAAAAGAGGAUUCGUUCAUGUGGCUACGCCUGCACUGCCACAGAAUCACGGACAUGUGAUUUAGAGCGUUGUCCCGAUGACAUAAUUCCUGUGACAGAACCUACUCCUCAUGAAGUUGGAAACAGCACAGAGCUUUUUGGCACAGAUGUUGACAGCUGUGAGAAGUGGCUGAAUUGCAAGAACGACUUCCUCGAGAAAUACCUACACCAGGUCCUGACCGAAUUACCCAACUGCCCUUGCAUCUACCCAUCCGAGGUGGUCUACAGUACUGUCAACAUCUUUGAUAGGAAGUUACAAAAGACCUUUCGCUGGCAAGACGCCAGCGGCCCAAAGGAGAGGCUGGACAUUUAUAAGCCCUCUGCAAAGUUCUGUGUUCGCUCGAUGCUCUCCUUUGACAGCCCCACGUUGGCUGCACAGCACUGCUGCUACGAUGAUCACAUGAAGCUCAUCACUCGAGGCAAAGGGGCUGGAGCCCCCAACCUCAUCAGUAUGGAGUUCUCGCCAGAACUUCAUUACAAAGUGGACGUUCUUCCAUGGAUCCUGUGUAAAGGAGACUGGAGCCGCUUUCAUUUGGUUCGGCCUCCCAAUAAUGGUCUACUUUGUGUCGAGAACCCGCAGGAAGAUAUCUACAUGAAUGAGCUAGAGGAGGCCAGGGAGUACUGAUCCAGAUCAUGGAUUUCACAUCAAAUCAACCAGUGUUUGCUUAAUUCUGGAGAGUCCUCUAGAGAAAUUCUUCUGGAAACUAAAGCUUAGAUACUGUAACAAACUGUUUUGUACAGCUCAAUUGCAACAAUACUGGUUUAACAUGUUGGUCCAAAGCCCAGAUUGGAAGAUCAUGAUGCAAUGUUCUGUCUUCUUUCUUCUGUGAUGUUACAUACGUGCUCCAAACAAAGUUCAGCGAGAGUUCUUCAAUGGCAUUCACUAGAACAAGUUCGCUGUAUUUUCAUUGGAUACACAUUUGUUGUCCUCAAGUGUCCUCAAAGACUCUGCUCCACCAUUAAAGGAAUUCCAAUAAAGCUGCUAGAAAUUGUGAGAUAUUCAAAAAUGCAACAGAAUGCCUAUUUUGUUGUCUUUAGACCUGAAGCUCAAUCCUGGCCUUGCUCCAAUCUGUGCGAGGUCAGUCCAAACAAAUCAAACAAUUCAACAAAUCUCUGAGAAUAGUUCUUCUCUUUAGAGUUUGUAUAUUGUUACUCCAAAUAUACACAGACUUUGUGUCAUUGGAUAUAUAUUUAUGCAGGAUCAUUUGACCUUUGACUUACUUUUUGCAUAGAACUGUAGCAGAACAAAAUUAGGGAAUCUGAGAAGUGAUAGGGAACCUUUUUUUAACUUAUCUUUGAGAAGACGCCCCUCAUCAUUGCAAUGCUUGUUUUGUUUUUUUUAAUCUAAAGUAUAAUUGGAUCCCAUUCUGUUUUCAACACGACUCAGCUUUGUGCUGAAUGCAAUAUGAGACAGCCACCUGACACCAGUGCAGGGGGCUGUCAGAGCUUGGCUGAUGGAUUGAAGUCUUCCUGUAAAGGUGAGGUGAAGGUGACACUUGUUGUAAACGAACAUCUCUUUAAAUACAAUGGCUCUUUCAAUGUCUCAGUUCAUCCUUGAGUCCCAAACAAAGCCUAGAGGCUUCCAUUGGAUGUAGUUUGAAGGACCUAAACCACCCUUUUCAGCACAGGUGUUGUCAUGAUCUCUUUGUGAGAUGUUGACUUGGAAUGCUGGUGAUUUGAUUUGUAAAUUCCUGCUGACAGAUGACUGUUCCAUGUAGCAAUAAACAUCCACCUUUGAUACUAUCUUACAUUGUGAUUUUAAGCACAGUAUAGUCCUAUGAAAGCUGCUGCAGAUGCGCAUUGAGUGAUGUUGAACCUGUGACUAAAAGGUUCUUGAUUUAAAUCCCAGGUUAGUUACUGCAAGGUAAAGACUUCUGAGGGUCUUCAAUGCAGCUGUGAUUCUGAACAAGGUACUCAGAAUUAUGCUUCAUGGUUCAUCUGCUUGGUAGGGUCUUAAGAUCUACAUUCUUCUACAGUUAAGUUCUAACUGUAAAUAAACUUCUGAACUUAAAGAAAGAUAAUCAAGGUAUUUACAUUCGCUUGAAAAAUACAGACAGGUUGCAAGUAACACUAAACUCUGCAGGAGAUCUCCAAAUGUAGGAAUGAGCCAAGUACAUGUUAGCAUCGCUUAUGAUCCCUGUAAGACCUGAGCAAAACCGUGAAGAAGUUUUCACUGAGAUAACAAUAAAUGCCAGCCAUGACAUUGUCAUUCAGUCCAGCUGUGAGAACGCUGGAAGCAUUCAAAUAUCCUGAUCUUAGUGAUAGUAUAUUUUAAUAUUACAGGCAUAGAUUUUAUGAUCUUUGUAGUGUGUACAUGGGUUCUAUCCAAACUAGGCUCAUUAGAAAUAUGUGCCUCUUUCUAAAUAUGUUUCAGAACUCUGAAAACACACCAUACCAACAUUGGAGGAAUUCAUCCGCAAAAUGCAUUUCCGUCUCCCAUUGUUCGCAUUUACCCUUUUCCGCAGUCACUUAAAGUGAGCGUAAAAACUUUUUCGCGAAAUUAAGGAAUUUUUAUUUGAAAUUCAGUGUUUCCAUCACUCGAUUCUGAAGCGAUUCUUCAAAAAGUACAUUAAAGCAGAGUGAUGGAAACCCAGCUACUGGUGGCAGUAAAACCGCAACAAUUUUUAUUACUUUUUUUACACAAAUUAUGAUUAUGGGGUAGAUUAUCAAUUAGUCAUGACUUAUUUCAGCUUGAUUCCUUGCAUGACCUAAAAACAUUUUUACCAUAGCGAAUAAAUAGUAAAUAAAUAAAUUGUUAUGUUUGCAUAACUUAAUCCGCUCCUUAUGUUUGGCUUUUCUAAUAUAGUAAACUUGCUUGUUUGCUCACCUGGUACUUCAUUGAACUUGCAAUGUGGAGUGCCUUGGUACAAGUUCCAAGCAAACUAAAAUUGCAUGGUUGCUUCAGAAUACAUGUUUUUAUCUUACAGUUGAUCUUUUUUACACUAUUGGCUAGGUUUAAGGGUAAGGUUUAGUGUAGGACAUUUCACUUUGAAGGUGUUGUGAAACAUGUAAGAAGCAACACAAUAUUUUGCAGAAAUGUCACCACAGGCAGGUAUGUCCAGUGAGCCUGGGUUGGUUCUGUCACAAGUAAAUCGCAGUGUCUACCUACCCGAGUUUUGACUUUGGCUUUUUGUGUCAAUACUUUUGUGAAUAAACUGAUGAAUGUGGGUAUUUGUAUAACUAGGUUUAACUAAAAUGGAAAAUGUAGUACUUUUUUCUAAUACUGGUGG